CGAGUAUAGAUUCAGCGUGAGUUUAUUAAGUGUUUUGAAUCCUACCCGUCUAGAAGUGAUAGAAUUGCUAGCAAAUUUGAAUCUUACAAAUAAGGAGCCCAAAUGAAAAUUUCUAGUUUCAUUUUAAUUGCUUUAAAUUGGCAUGUGACUAAUGGCUUGUUUGAAAAUUGUAAUUACGCUCAGACUAUUGAAGCUGGGAAGAUCUUUUACGUGUACUCCGUAAAUUAUCCAAAUAAGUAUCCUCCUGGCACUUCCUGUAGGUAUCUAGUGACUAGUCCCAUCGGCAGCCAGAUUGAUGUUCAGUGUAGAUUGGAAAUUCCUGCGGACCAACAAUGCAAGUCGGAUACACUUUACCUCAAUCUACAAGGAAACACUUCAAUACCUGGAUCCGACUACUAUUGCGGCACAGGCGAACUACAUAAAAUAAGUUUGUACAAUCGAGUUGCGAUCUCCCAUGUCUCCUCAAGCUAUAGUUCGGGGGGAAGAUUCUUGUGCUCACUCCAGACCCUUCCUCCUUCGAAUGGUGGUAGCGACUGUGACUGUGGAUGGAGUGUAACCCGGAAAAUUGUCGGAGGUAAAGAGGCUGGGAUCAAUGAAUUUCCAUCUAUGGCUGGUAUCUACGACAAAUCUCAACUGAGAAUCUUCUGUGGAGCGGCUAUAAUUCACAGCAGGUAUCUUCUGUCGGCCGCUCAUUGUUUCUACGAGCGUGGGAAUCAAGGAAAUCUAGCGGCGAUGGUAGGUGACCACGACUUCACAAUUGCUAAUGACUCUCCGUACACAAGAACUUAUGACAUCGGAGGUAUCCUCAACCAUGAACAAUUCGUCCCAGAGACAAAGCAAAACGAUAUAGCUCUUUUGAGGACGACUACAGACAUGGAAUGGAGCAAUGGAGUUGGUCCGGCUUGUUUGCCUUUCAAUUACGAUCCAACUACAGUCCCCGGGACGAAGGUCGACGUGGCAGGCUGGGGCACCCUGUCCUUUGGGGGCACCCAACCACAUAAGUUGCAGAAGGUAACCUUGGAUAUUGUACAGAAUGGGGUGUGUAGCAGCAAAGUUUCUAAUCUGUAUCCCACUCAACUCUGCACUUAUACGUACGGGAAGGAUACAUGUCAGUACGAUUCAGGCGGAGGAGAUUUCUUUAGGCAAAAUCGAAUGUAUCUUGUAGGUAUAACGAGUUAUGGAUUCGGAUGUGCAAUGAACUUGCCAUCAGUUAGUACGCGAGUUAGUUCCUACUUACAAUGGAUACAAACGAGGACAAAUGCUAAUUUCUGCCGAAAGUAGAAACGUUAAAAUCAGUGUUGCAUUGUUUCAAUUAAAAUUAGAAGGAGACAAUGUAGUGACGCUUUUAAUUUGUGUUGUGAUUUUUCAAGAAU